AAUGAGUUCAAUAAUGCUUCAAAUGUUAAUGUUAUCUUUAACAAGAAGUUUGUGAAAGAAUCUAAGUUUGGUCAGUAUGUCAGACCAUUAGCUAUCGUCAUUGACCGCAAACGUUAUACUUCACAAGAGUUAGCAGUAGUUUUGAAACAAAAGGGUUUCUACUUAAAUGUCAAAGAUACUCAUUAUACUGUUAUAAAGAACUCUAACAUUGACUUCUUCAGUAUUGCUUUAAAUCUUUCCGAACAGAAAGAAUAUAAGAAGGGUGAAACAAAUGUGAAAUAUUAUCCUUCAUCUCUGAAGACAAUAACGAACAAAGAUGUUAUACAGAAAUUCUUACCAAAGGUUGAAGAAGCUUCUAUUGACAUUGACGAAGGAAGUGAAAUGGUUGAAGAAAUAGACCCUGAAGCUAUUUAA